GAAUAAAAGCCUUCUUUUCCUAACUUUAGUCCCCUUUUAUUAAACUUUCACAUGUUCAUCAUCAAGUCAGCCUGUUUGAGGCUUUAACAAAAGUCACCCCUCCAAGCAAAUUUACACACACAAACACACACAGAGACACCCCACAUGCAUAAAAGAGAGAGAUAGAGGAAGAGAGAAAGAAAGAAAGAAAGAAAGAGAGAUAAGAGGGAUAUGGGAAGACCUCCUUGCUGUGACAAAGUUGGCAUCAAGAAAGGUCCAUGGACCCCUGAAGAAGACAUCAUCUUGGUAUCUUACAUCCAAGAACAUGGUCCUGGAAAUUGGAGAUCAGUACCGACUAACACUGGGCUGCUGAGAUGCAGCAAAAGUUGCAGGCUUAGAUGGACCAAUUACUUGAGGCCUGGGAUCAAAAGGGGCAACUUCACUCCCCAUGAAGAAGGAAUGAUAAUCCAUCUUCAAGCUUUACUGGGAAACAAAUGGGCAGCCAUCGCCUCCUAUCUUCCACAGCGAACAGAUAAUGAUAUAAAGAAUUAUUGGAAUACUCAUCUGAAGAAGAAGAUCAAAAGAUUUCAAGCAGGUUCUGAUCCCCAAAUCUUAUCGGAUUCAAGCACAGCGACAAUCAAUCAGUUGGUUUCAAAGGCGUUUUGUGACGAUGGAAAGCAUAAUAAUACUUCUGCAGCUCUAAAGCUAAACCAGAACACCACAGUAUAUGCCUCAAGUGCAGAAAACAUUUCCAGGCUUUUAGAAGGAUGGAUGAAAUCUUCUCCAAGGUCAAAUAACAUCACUAAUUCGCCAACAGGAGGUGACAAAACCCGUGCAACAGGAGAUUCAGUGGCUUCUAUUUCUGUUAAAUGCUGUAGGCCUGUAACUCAGGAUGAUCAAGAGGCAGGUAAUAGUAGUAUGGUGCCAAAAGAUGAAAUUGAGUCCAUUUUGUCAUUUGACAACCUGAGUGGGCUGGCUUGGGAAAAAUCAUCUUCUGAUGAUUCUACUCAAAAGGGUUCUGAGACCAGUGGAAAUGAGGAGAAGAUCAUCAUGUCAAGUGAUCAUCAUGCUUAUGAACAAAAGCCAAAGCUGGAAAAUAAUCCUCCUUUGUCAUUUCUUGAAAAUUGGCUCUUGGAUGAAGCUGCUGCUCAAGUUGAAGGAGUGAUGGAAAUCCCAUCAAUAUUCUGAAGAUUAGUCUACCUUUUUCUUAUAUAUUGACCAUGUCUGAUCAAAUUUUCCAGGAAAAAAAUUUUCCAAUGGAAAAAUCAAGUGUAUUUGAAUGUUUUUAAUUAGGAUUUCGGAAAAGUCGAAUCUCAGUUGUUGGAAGGAAAUAGUUUUGUUUGUCGUCCAUUUCCUUACUUUCCGGUUGCUACAAUUUAUUAUUUUUUUUUUCAGAAGAGAGUACAGAUGUAGUAGAAAAUGUAUAUUACAUUUAUAAGAGUAA